UGUUUUGAAGAAGGAUCCAACAUGGCUGCUUCCCUGCAGACGUUUUCAGACGGAAGCUGCAAACAAUGAGGGAUUUCAGCCAGCAUGGAUACAAGAGAACUAGUGCGCUGUGCUCUGCAGAUCGAGAGGUCCAGUGCAGACAGAAGCUAUGGGAACAUCAUGACCCUCCUCGGUGACCUUGAUAAGGUUCACAUCACAGCAGAUCAGCUGGAGACGACAGACAUCGGUAAAGUCCUCUACAGGCUGCUGAAGAGCUGCUCUGAUGACAGCGUGAAGAAGACGGUGAAGAGUUUGUUGUCCAAGUGGAAGAGACAGUACAGCAGCGACACCCGAGGUGUGAAAUGCACGGAGCUCUCUCGUAGGGUUUCUCCACUACAUGAUGCAGAGGCUGGAGGAGUUUCCAGCCGGGGGGAUUCCCACGCUGCCUCAGAACAGACAUGUGACAUUAAAGCUGCAGAGAUAAGAGCUAAAUGUGUCCAGCUCCUCCUCGCUGCCCUCUGCCCCGAACCUCCUGCUCACGACAAGGCCGCAGAGCUGGCUACAGACAUCGAGCUGCACCUCCACGAGCUCCACAAAUCCAGCCAGGCCAAGUACAAAGCCUGUGUGAGGAGCAAGGUGGCCAACCUGAGGAAUCCUAAAAACGGGCAUCUCCGUGAGGGCCUCCUGAGCGGCUCGCUGUCACCUGACGCCUUCGCCCGGAUGUCAGCAGAGGAGAUGGCGAGCGCCGAGCUCCGGCAGCUGAGGGAGGAGUACUCGUCCCGAGGUGUGAGCGAAAGGCAGCUGCCACAAGGGGUGGAGGGGACACAGACGCAGAAGAUAAGAUGUAAAAAGUGUGGGGGGUCGGACUGUAAGGUGACGCAGGUGUCCAGGGGGGCGCUGUUCCUGCCGGCGUGGGUGAGACAGAGCGGCGCUGACGACGACGCCAUGACCUUUGUGACCUGCAGCGGCUGUGGGCAGCAGUGGUACCACAGCGCCUGGGUCUGCCUCUGAACACCAGAGCAUCAUUCACUACAACUCUAACUGUCAAUUAAUCAUCUUAGAACCAAGAAUGACAAAAAUUUACUUGUUGUGCAUCAAAAACUUUGCAUUUUUUAUAAUGAAUUUUAGGAAAAUUUCCUCCCACAGUCCAAAAACAUGCACUUAGGUUUAAUUGGUGACUCUAAAUUGCCCGUAGGAGUGAAUGAGAGUGUGGUUGUCUGUCUCUAUGUGUCAGCCCUGCAAAAGUCUGGCGAUCUGUCCAGGGUGUACCCCGCCUUUCGCCCAAUGUCAGCUGGGAUCGGCUCCAGCCCCCCGCGACCUGAAUGUGGAUAAUCGUUUAAGGAGAAUGAAUGAAUGCAAUAGUCCGAAGAAUAUACCAUCAUCUGCAUAAAAGUGGACUUUUUAUGCAAUCAGAGCAGUGGUAUCUGCAUUUAUCAAAGACUUUUUAAUAUGUGCACUAUUUAUAUUUGCAUUGCAUGAAAAAUUUCCGAAAAUCGAUACAUCAUCACAAAACAUAAUAUUAUGAUACCGAUAUUUUUUGUUUGUUGAAAAAUGCCUUCUCAGAGCUUUGGUGGCAUAUUAAUGUAACUGGUUUUAUUUGGCCAAAGGUACAAAAAUCACAAAAAUGUUGCUAAAUUUAAAAAAGCAAAUGCAAGAUUUCACUUUUGAGGAGCACAAAUCAAUUAGUUUUCUCGCAUUUUGACUGAAUAAAAUGUCACUUUAUGCCGAUUUUACUAUUUUGGCUCUAAUGUCAUUGUGUUUAACCUCAGAUUUCAUGAUUCUGUCUGGUUUGGAUUGAGAAACUUUUUAUAGCUUAAUAGCUUUUUUUUCUAUAGCUUUUCCAACUUUUUAUAAAGUUGGAAAAACAUUGCAUUUGAGGCUUUUUUUUAGACUCCUGAAAAGUUGAAAAGACAAAAUGAGACAAAACAUUUUCCUGCAGCCUAUGAAAAAGUAUUUUCUCUUAAACUGAGACUGGAAUGCAGAGAGGAAACAAAGCACAGAGCAUUCCUCCCAGGACGGAGGUCAUACUUGUGGUUUAUACAUUUUGAGCAUGCAUCCUUUAUUUUGUAUGUGCAUUCACCAGGAAAUUGUGUGAUUACCAUUCAGCUACAGGCUGAAAUAGCCGAGUCGCCGUCUGUUGCAGCUCCCGACUGAAACCACAACUUUUAAAGAAGUAGCUGUCGUCAUCGUCUUUCCGCUGAAUCAUUUCCUGCCUCCUGCAGUUAAUCUACACUUACUGUGGAUCAUUUAAAUGCUUUUCCUGGCUUCUCUUUCUAAUGUGGCUAUUUGCCGCUCGGAAGAAUGAUGCAGAGCAACCGCAGUCUUGACCUUUGACCUCAAUAAUUCUGUUUGCAUUGAUCGUAAGUCACACUUAAAUUCCUUGAGAAGAAGAAACCCCCCCGAGCUUCCUACAAUAUCCCGUUUAUUUCAGUGGAUCAGACAUGUGACUUUAGAAAACGGCGAGCAUGUGAGUCAGUAAUCUGGCCUCUGGAGCGGCCUCGGGGUGGAUAUCCCAUGGUCCUUCACUCAGUCGACGUGGCACAAUGACUCCGUUACACGUCAUUGUGACAUCACAUCUUAGACCUUUACUCUGCAGGCUGAGGAGUUUCAGAAAACUUUUUAAAAUAUCUAAAUUUUCUGACAUGAUAGUGGACGAGACGUACAUUUUCUGUCAACUUCUCUGUCCUCUGCAGCUUUUAAAAGGACUUAUCAGGGGAGAUAAAAUCCCUUUCUCAUGGUUCUCAUCAGAUAUGGAACUGAAACAUCUCGAUACAGCAGCAGGAGUGUGGCUGUUUGGUUUCUGUCUUGUGUUUCCUCUCAGAUGCUCCUUAUCUCCAGAUUCCACCCGUGAAGUAUCGGGUGGCCUGUCAAAUCUGUUGCUUUUUAUACUUUCUCUCCCUCACACACACACAGAUACAAACAGACGAGUCACACUACAGAUAGGAAGAAGUUUUGGGCUCCUUGAGUAAAUCUGCAAACCUGCCGAAAGUAGAAAUUUCUGAUUAUUUUUUGCUUAUUUAAGCAGUGCAAGAGCAGUGACAGUGCAGAAGUGAUUUUUAACCCAGUGGUUUCCAACAUGUUUCACAAAAGUCAAAGUUUGUAUAAACUUUGAUACAAUAAUGGUAUAAAAUGACGUCAAUAAGCACACAAAGUAACAUCAUAACAGCCUUUACUGGUUCAGAAAAAGUCCCUGAAAAAAAUUUCAGUCAAUAAAAACAUGAUUAGCUUUUUGUUUUUUCUGUAUUAUUGGGAAAACAUCUCAGAAUUCAGACAAAAG